UUUUUUUUUGUUUUGGUUGGGGGAUCUGGUGGAGCACGCAAGGCUGGUCGAGUCGCUCAGCUCUUCGCUUCGCUAACCACAAAAGAGCAGCUGAUAGUGAGUGCGAGAAGCUGGUGGUCUGGUUGCAACGAAGAACACGCUUCCAUUGUGGUGAGUGUUGAUAUGCUUCACCAACUGCUCCUCCUUCCCCUCCUCCUUGUGUUGUUCUGCGGCAGUGGGUGCCAUGGCGAGGCUGUGCUGAGGGAGGACAGCACCGGUGCACUGCACAUCAACACAACAGAUGCAGCGACACAGCCCGUGUUCCUGAACGGCGUGAAUGUGGCGUCGUUGUUCAAGCUGGCCAGCCAGCAGCACGCCACCAUCCAGGCGCAGCAGGCGCGGAUCAGCGCCCUCACUGCCGCUGUGUGUCAGCAAUACCCGCCCACGUUGGACUUGACCACGCUCACGGACGUUGGGUCAAGCUCUUCCCAGUGGAUCGGCGGCGUGCUUGCAGGCAACGGCAAGAUUUACGGCAUUCCCUACCGCGCACCCUCCGUGCUAGUGAUCGAUCCCGACUCCAACACGACCGACACAACAACCAUCUCUGGCUUUGCAGCGGGCGGUGACAAGUGGGGCGGUGGCGUGCUCGCCAACAAUGGCCUGAUCUACGCGUUCCCGCAUGGUGCCGAUUCCGUGCUGAUCAUCGACCCCGGCACGGACACGGCGGAUGCAACGACGCUGUCGGGGCUGAACGAGCUCGCGGGCGCCAGCAAGUGGCUGAGCGGCGUCCUCGUUCCAGAGACUGGCUUGAUCUACGCUGUGCCGUGGUAUGCUUCCUCUGUUCUCAUCCUCGACCCAGACACCAACACGACCGACGUGACCACGAUCGCAGGGCUUGGCGGGGCUUGCUGUAAGUGGUAUGGUGCUGUUGUGGCCAAGAACGGGCGCAUUUACGCCCUUCCUUCAACCGCGGGCGUGGUGCUCAUCAUAGACCCGACGACCAACACCGCGGACACGACCAGCAUCUCACAGCUGUCGGGUGGCAGCAGUUGGCAAGGCACGGUGCUGGCAAACGACGGCCGCAUCUUCGGCAUCCCUUAUCACUCCUCAGACGUGCUCAUCGUGGACCCCGACACAGACACUGCAGACAUCACCACCAUCUCCGGCAUCUCCUCUGCACGCGACAAGUGGAUCGGCGGGGUUGUGGUGCCAGAUGGCCGCAUCCUUGCGCUGCCCUACCUCGCGCCAAACGUACUGAUCAUUGAUCCCUUGACCAACACCGCCGACACGACCACGCUCUCUGGCCUGACGAGCGGCUACAAGUGGUGGAGCGGCAUUCUCGCCAGCAAUGGCUUCAUCUAUGGCAUUCCCCGCGACAGCCACAGCGUGAUCAUCGUAGACCCCGGGUGCUGACCGCACCGGCAGUGGUGUGCGCUGC